AAUCUGGAGACUGGAGACUAGGUGGGCGUGAGAGGCAGGGUAGCCUCGAUUUUGUUUCCGUUUUUUAGGUUAAGGAACUCCUGGGGCGGAAGCCUUUGUUUUGAGGGAGGGGGCCGUGCCUGGUUCUUUAUCUCCUACCCCCUUUUGUGGUCCGAACUCACUCCCCGCCCCCGGGUGCGCACGUCCCCGCCCUCCUGCGCUGCCAGCCGCGGGCCGCGGGGUCGGGAACCGCGGGGUCCGCUGAACCCCCGGCAUCCUUUCCUGCCUUUGCGGAGUACCGGCGGCGCGGGCUGAGCCCAGCGGAUCUGGCUGGGUCACGGUGCGGGCUCCAGGGCUCGCGCCUGGCCGGCGCUCACCUCCUAAGCGCCUACUGGUUGGAGGGCCUGCAGAGAGACGUCGCAUUCUCAGGACAUAGCACUCAGGCCUGUGAGGCAGGAGAUACAAAGACUUCCAAAGAAGGACCAUUUCCUCGGAUGCACCCCCUCACAGAGAGAUGAAGGGACAGCAGAAAACAGCUGAAACGGAAGAGGGGACGGUACAGAUUCAGGAAGGUGCAGUGGCAACUGGGGAAGACCCAACCAGUGUGGCUAUUGCCAGCAUCCAGUCAGCUGCCACCUUCCCUGACCCCAACGUCAAGUACGUCUUCCGAACUGAGAAUGGGGGCCAGGUGAUGUACAGGGUGAUCCAGGUGUCCGAGGGGCAGCUGGAUGGCCAGACUGAGGGGACUGGUGCCAUCAGUGGCUACCCUGCCACUCAAUCCAUGACCCAGGCCGUGAUCCAGGGUGCGUUCACGAGUGAUGAUGCAGUUGACACAGAGGGGACAGCUGCUGAGACGCACUAUACUUACUUCCCCAGCACUGCAGUGGGAGAUGGGGCAGGGGGUACCACAUCGGGGAGUACAGCAGCUGUUGUUACUACCCAGGGCUCAGAGGCACUACUGGGGCAGGCGACCCCUCCUGGCACUGGUCAGUUCUUUGUGAUGAUGUCACCACAAGAAGUGUUGCAGGGAGGAAGCCAGCGCUCUAUUGCCCCCAGGACCCACCCUUAUUCCCCGAAAUCAGAAGCUCCCCGGACAACUCGGGAUGAGAAACGCAGGGCUCAGCAUAAUGAAGUGGAGCGCCGCCGCCGAGACAAGAUUAACAACUGGAUUGUACAGCUGUCCAAGAUCAUCCCAGACUGCUCCAUGGAGAGCACCAAGUCUGGCCAGAGUAAAGGUGGAAUUCUAUCCAAAGCUUGUGAUUAUAUCCAGGAGCUUCGGCAGAGCAACCACCGGUUGUCUGAAGAACUGCAGGGGCUUGACCAACUGCAGUUGGACAAUGAUGUGCUUCGACAACAGGUGGAAGAUCUUAAAAACAAGAAUCUGCUGCUGCGAGCUCAGUUGCGGCACCAUGGAGUAGAGGUCGUCAUCAAGAAUGACAGCAACUAACUCUGGGCGUUCAGGGGCUUUGGGCCCUACAACCCCUUUCUGAGAACUGCAGAUAGCCCAGGAGCAACAGGCUAACCCUGUCCCCCUUUCCUUCACUGCCCACUUCUGGCAUGGGACUGGGGGGAGUUCAGAAGGCGUCUUUGAACUGAGGCCCUGUGAUACAGUGAAACACACACGUGGUGUGAAACAUACACGUGGACGUGCACUGACAGCCUUGCCCAACCCCACCAUGCAGCCCCUGGGCCCUUGUGCUCCUCUUGCACAAUGCAUGUGCUGUCUCCAUGCUGGACACUGGAUACACUAAACUAGGGGGCUUGCCCUGUGCUUGCUUAGGGUGCCAGCAGAGGGUCUGCUGACAAGCAAUGGUCUGGCUUGCCCCAGGACUCUGGCGCUUCCACUGGUUCUUCCUUUCCCUGGAGCUCAGAUGUGCACCUGAGGACUCUGAGGAACAGGCUUUAGCAAGAAGUGGGGAAUAGAUGCUUAGCAGUGGCUGCUGCCCCAGGAAGAGGAGAUUCUCCAGAAAUCAGCUAAGGCCUAUGCAGAAGUCUGGAGCCAGGGAGAACAACAGGCAGGGGCCCACUUGGGGCCUUCCCCCUUGUGGCCUUCCCCCUUGUGGGGACGGUUUUUUUUUUUCUUCCUUUUCUUUCUUUAAUUUUUUUUUUAAUUAAGAUAAAAUGAUCAGAGCCACAA